AAUCAAUAAUUAUAAACAAUCAAUGUGGCAUGUGCUUAACAUAGAACAGUUUAUAGCGUAAGUGCACUUUUUGGAUGAAGUGGGCCGUAAAAGGUCACAUGGGUUACAGUCGUUGUAAAUCUGUCAAGAUACAAAUAUUUACCUGCUCAGGUAAACUAAUCUAAAAAUAGAAAUCAAGGCAAACUAGGUCUAAUCAGCCAUUUUCUGUUCCGUGGUUUUGUACUAUUAUGUGACCAUUGGCAUUGUGGAAGAUACUGUAAAGUUUCCUAAAUGGCAAACCGUGGCUGUCACACGGACUUAAUUCCGAACGGCUACGUCUACACCGCCAGCUGCAUCAAUUACUCGGCUUAUGACACGGUUUACUGCAGGUACCAUUGUUACUAUGGUUACGAACCAACUUCGUCAUAUGUCACGUGCGUCGGUAGCAACCAAUGGAUCUCCUCCGCUACACACACCAAUGUUCCCUGCAUCGUUAGCCGGCGGCCCUGGACCACGGUUUCGCCAAACUAUACCGAGCCAACGUACCCGCCUUUCAACUGGGGAAACUUCACGCCGUUCCCGGAGCGAACAACGUCUAACCAGCCAUACAUAGGUAACUCGGAUGAUCCAGACUUGAAGAUGAACGUGACGACGGAGGUGUUCCUUUCGGCGUUAGUCGUCGGCCUGCUGGCAAUUGCUGCCGUCGCCGCCAUCAUAUUCUACAGAGCACACAAGAGGAACAUGAAGCGAUUGACAACGUCGUCGUCGGUCGGAUGUGGAAACUGCGACUACACGACGCCGACAGCGCCCUCGAGCGUCCAGAUCCAGCUACCCCCAUUGUACGAUCAAAUCACGGCGACAUCGCCCUCUGCGAGCGAUCGAGACGGUAUUCCAGUGACUGCACCCAGCUACAGUGACAAUGCGAAUAGAUUGUACGAUACUACGCUAAAUUCUUCCGAACUGUCUGCGACACCACGUGGGCUGACGGAUAUUACAAACGCCAUAGACAAGAGCGCGGUUGAUCAUGACCUGCCGCCGCCUUACGCCGAGUUCGCUGAUCUUGAUCCUCCAACCGCUGAAAGAAACACCGACGUAAACGAAUACGAUCCGUUUGACGGUUACGUUAAUGACAGCGCCGGUUUCCAUGGCAAUGAAUACGACGAACUAGAAUUCGUCUUCAGUGCCCGACAAUGCGAUGAAUUGCUUACAGAUGAACCUCCUCCUUAUUCCAUGGUGUAAUAUAGGAACCAGGUGACCCUCCUAACAUCUGGGAUGUUCCAUGUACAGUACAAUUCUAAUUAUAAUUUUGGACAUCCGUAUCGGUUUUUGGUCGUUCCAAUGGUGCAUUUUAUGUGUCGUUGAUGUUUACGGAGGGCUUUGUACGCUCCGCUAUUUGUCUAGUGUUGGAAGGUGUUUCCAGAGUUCGCGUAAUCGUGCGGGCGUCUUCACGUCCGUUCGUGGAGUUCUCGUCACAUGGAUACAUGUCAUCUUUAGGAACUUACUUUUUAUAUUUAAUUUGCAUAUUUAUUUUAUUUAGUUUUUGUAUUUGUUUGCCGAUUCGUGUUGUUUGAAUCGGCUAUUGUCAUAAUAUGCGCAUGUCAAUCAAAAUUGCGUCCUUGAGGGAAAAUAUUUUAAACAACAAAUACCUCUUAUAUAUAUUUUUUUAAAGAACAAGAGUUCUUCUGCCAUCGCUUGGUAGCAAAAUAAAGAUAAUCACUCUUACUUUAAAGGAUACGCAACUCAUAAAGGGCGCUUUUUUGCAAAAACACCAAUUGGUACUUUUUUUAUUAUCAUUUAGUCAUUUAUAUCAACUAUCGUUUUUUUGCUUAUAAUUGUAAGCUGAAUGCUUUGUUAGAUUUUUUUAGAUUUAAUUUCAUUCAUCUUUUUAUUUUGUGGAUUCAUGUUUACCUGGUCGGCUUACUAAGGAGGAAAAGAGCUGGACUAAAAAAAACAGGGAAUCGCGGGUUCGAUUCCAUGUGAAUCCAUCUGUAAUUGUUUUGGUAACGUCUGAAGAAAAAACUGAUUGCUACUUAUUAUCCAAAGUACAUGUAUGGGCCGGUCUGUUGGCAAACCUUCCAAUGCAACCCUCACAGUAGUGUCUAAUCAGGGACGACUCUUUCCGCUCAGACUGGAUUUUCGUUUAUAAGAAACUCUCUUUAUUAUACAUCCCUGCUUUAAACAAAAUAAUUAUAAUGGCAGAAAGUGUCGUUACUGUUUGGCCUGUGCGGACUGCUUUCUCAGCAUAACUCCGCCCAUCAAAAAAGGUCGCAUAGCUUGGGCAUUUGCAGGAUGUCGGAGACAUUGUAUGUAAUGUGUAGUUUUUAAGGAGAACAUGCUCCUUUUAAAGGUUGACAUACAUUAUCUGAUUAAUUUAAAUAACCAUAAUCAUCGUAGCUUCUUAUAUUUGUAUCGUUAUGCGUGUGAUAUGUUUGUGGCUUAAGCAAAAACUGAGGUUUGCGUACCAAAAUCAGUUAAUUUCUAACCAUAAAAUCAAACAAAGCACACGCAUCACCUUUUUGUAAGAAUAACAUAAGACCAAUUACUUUUCUUUUUUAACUAGGAAAUGUUAAAAAAGUUAAAUUAAAUGCAUUCGAUUUUGUUUUCUAUGUGUAUUCUCACUAAUAAAACAGUUUUAAUGCAUCGUUAUCGAGUAGCUACAUACUUACUGCUCUUUAUAUUAUAUUUUGAAUUUCUUCGUAUGGCUCCAGUUUUUUUAAAUGUUUAUUAUUUUUAAUUUGUAUAUGAAUUUUUAAGUUUUAUUUUGUUUCGGGUUAUACAACCAACCAUUAAAUGCUUUAACAUGUUACUCCAUAUUAAUAAACGCUGAGUUUUUUGGUUGCUUUGACAUAUUUAUCAAUUAGUUAGCAAAAUACCAUUGGACUAAAUUGUUUUUGGUUACAACCAUGAUAAUAAAACACAAAGGAAUUUGUUAUUUUAUACGUUUUGUGAAUUUUUAAUGGUAUAUCGGACUGAAGUAAUUUCUGGCUUUGAUGUCUACGAGGAAGUAAGAAAUUGCACAUGGACAUUAGGGCUUGAGCAGUUAGUCGUCAAAAGCACUUAACGUACAUUUUACAUGCUGGGUUGCAUUACAUGUACACUAGUACACUAUGAUAUCACUGUGUUCAAGAAAAUGUAGUUAAAAUAAGAAGUCUAUGUACACAUUAAUUCAUUUAUUAUUCUGACUGUACAAAAUAUAUUAAAUUAUGAACAAAGUAUCAAUUUUGUUAUAUGCAUUACCAAAGCAAUAAAACAUUCCCGAGUUACGCGAUGGAAAGAUUUAAUUAUCAAAACUGCCAAGAGCGUCCUAUAUCUACUGUCUAUAUUUUUUGGAUAUCGAGUAUCACUCUGUGAAACUUACUCCGUAUAAUGAGUUAGGACACUAAUCACCGCAUUAUAGCGUUAAGUCUAAUCUGUGUUAUAUUUGAACGUUGGCAAGUACACGAUAGCAAGAACAAGCAGAUAAAUUGUGAAGUUUUGAAUGCCUUUCAAUUGAUCUCUUCUCCCAAAUGGACGCUUCACUUUGAGUCUGGAGGCGAGGAUACAAAUGAGUCGCGUUCUGAGAAAACUGGGCAUAAUGCAUGUGCGUAAAGUGUCGUCCCAGAUUAGCCUGUGCAGGCUAAUCAGGGACGACGCUUUAUGCUUGUAUGCCAUUUUUCGUUUAAAUGAAGUCUCUUCUUAGCAAAAUUCCAAUUAAGGCGGAAAGUGUCGUCCCUGACACAGGCUAAUCAGGGACGACACUUUACGCACAUGCAUUAUGUCCAGUUUUCUCAGAACACGACUCAAAUGCAGGUCUUCUGUAGAGCCUCAACAGCGUCCUCCUGCGUAUACUAUGAAUUCCUACGAAUGGUUCCAGUUUUUUAUGUCUAUUAUUUUUAUUUGUAAAUGAUUUUUUGUUUUUAAGUUUUAUUUUGUUUGUGUUAUCCAACCAAUCAAAUACUUGUACAUGUAACUCCAUAUUAACACAAAUUGAGUUUUUUGGAUGCUUUAACAUAUUUAUCAAUUAGCAAAAUACCAUUGGACCAAAUUGUUUUUGGUUACAACCAUGAUACUAAAACUCAAAGGAAUUUGUGACUUGGACGUUUUGUUAGUUUUUAAUGGUAUAUUGGACUCAAGUUAUUUCUGUCUUUAAUGUCUACGAGGAAGUAAGAAAUUGCAUAUGGACAUUAGGGCUUGAGCAGUUAGUCGUCAAAAGCACUUAACGUACAUUUUACAUGCUGGGUUGCAUUACAUGUACACUAGUACACUAUGAUAUCACUGUGUUCAAGAAAAUGUAGUUAAAAUAAGAAGUCUAUGUACACAUUAAUUCAUUUAUUAUUCUGACUGUACAAAAUAUAUUAAAUUAUGAACAAAG